GAAGUCAGCGCUGGGCAACACUUGUCGUGUUUCUUUGUGAAGCAAUAAGAAAAAGUUCAUUUUCAUCACGACCUUCGACAAACCAAGAAUCUCAUGCUGCCUUGUUUACAUUAUGGAUGGUUUUGUCAUUUCAUCUGCUUCAGAGGGAAUUCCCAGUGAGCCCGAGAGCUACAGACCACCAACAGAGCUGUACCCUUAUCUCCCCGCUGGGGAGAUUUAUGAAGAUCAAAGAUGGACCUUCCACACUGAGCAGGUUCAGCCAUCGGAUUUUGAGAAUUCCCCCAUGAACCGCCUCACAGAUCUUCAGCCUGUGUCUCCACAACAACUGAUCCCACCGUACCGAUACAGCACGGAGCCCCUGGCCCUUCACCUGGACCCUCCACUCGUUCCUCUCUCUGUCUCGCCACAGAUCCCGUAUUACACGUCGUCACUGUGUUACCAGUACCCACAGCCGGCCUCACCGGGACAAUAUUACUCAGGAGAGGAACAAAAAGAAAUCAGUCCUCUGUUCGAGGUGUCAGAGGGCGAGGACGAAUUUGAAGACUACAGACAUUCCUCUUUCAGAAAAGAUACUUAUAACAAGAAGAAAAUCCGCCUGUAUCAGUUCCUUCUGGACCUGCUAAGAAACGGUGACAUGAGUGAGAGCGUCUGGUGGGUCGACCAGGACAAGGGCAUCUUUCAGUUCUCCACAAAACACAAAGAAGCUCUGGCGAGCCGCUGGGGUGUUCAGAAAGGAAACCGCAAGAAGAUGACCUACCAAAAAAUGGCUCGGGCUCUGAGGAACUAUGGUAAAACUGGAGAGAUUAAAAAAAUAAAGAAGAAGCUAACCUACCAGUUCAGUGAGGAAGUGCUCUAUUUGCGUCAGCACGCUCGCUGAUGAGAGAAUAGCGGCUGUGAAAUGUCACACCCAACAGGCCAAAAUGUGUGUGUUUUGCCUGUAGAUGUGCAGUGACACCUUUUCUUUUGUCUGAUUUUUUUUAAUUUAUAUUCAUUGUUUAUGCCUUGGAGCAUUUGAUGACUUCUAUAAUAAAAUCUUCUUCUCAUA